AUGGUGCAGAAGCACAUGGAGACUCUUCAGAGCUGGUGUGGCCUGAGCACCGAAUUUGUCCCCUUGGAGAGGCUGACCCAUCUCCUUCUGGUGGAAGGACUGACUGAUCUCCAGCAGAAGCAGCAUGAUUUUGUCCAGAUUGAGACCACCAAAGGCCUGAGGAAUGGCUCCAAGAAGAUCUCCUUGGAGAAGCUUUUCUUGCCGCUGUCCAAAUUCAGCAUCCCUCCACGAAUCUCGGUGACCAUUGGGGUCGCCGGCAUUGGCAAGAGCACUUUGGUCAAGCUCUUUGUCCAUACGUGGGUCAAAGGAGAGCUUGGCAAGGAUUUCAUGUUCGUGUUGCCUCUCACCUUCCGGGAACUGAAUGCUUAUGACAAACUUUCUGCCGAGCGUCUGAUCCGUCUGGCAUCCCCUCAUUUAACUGAACAGAGCCUUCUUGCUGUGGACACUGCCCAGACUCUUCUGAUUCUUGACGGUCUGGAUGAAUUUAAAACUCUCUUAGAUUUUUCCAACACCGCUGUUUGCACAGACCUUCGAAAGGAGAUCCAGGUGGAAAACCUGAUCACCAACAUCAUCCGAGGAAACCUGUUGCACAAGGUUUCCGUUUGGAUCACAUCCCGACCUACAGCAGCCAGCCAGAUUCCCGGUGGUCUAGUGGACCGGAUGACGGAAAUCCAGGGUUUUGGAGAGACAGAAAUCAAGUGCUGUUUAGACCGCAUGUUCCUUGAGAACCCGAACUUAUCAGAUGGUGUGCUCCGUCAUCUCAAGGCGAACAGAUCUUUGUAUAUAAUGUGCACGGUGCCAGCGUUUUGCUGGAUCUGCGGAUCCUCGGUCGGCUGCUUUCUGAAGAGCGCAGGUUGUGCUCCAGAAAUGUCAGCUGCUCCUAAGACUUUGUCCGAAAUCUACUCCUAUUAUUUUAAAAUGACACUGUGUGCUGAAGGGAAGCAGAAUGAGGUUCUCAGGAUAGAGCAGGUGGAGCAAAAUGGCAAGAAAAUGGUCAGUUGUUUGGGCAGAUUGGCCUUCUUCAGCCUGAUCAAGCGGAAAUACAUCUUUCACGAACAGGACAUGAAGGCCUACGGUGUGGACCUCUCUUCUCUUCACAUCGGCCUGAGCAACAGACUCUUGAUGAAAGAAGAGACUCUGCUUUCCACCAUUUACUAUUUCCCCCACUUAACGUUUCAGGAAUUCCUUGCUUCCACUUAUUAUUAUACAGCAGCGAAGCGAGCCCUUUUUGACCUCUUUGUCGAGAGUGGGAUGUCUUGGCCAAAGCUGGGCUUCUUCAACCACUUUAAAAAUGCCAUCCAGAGGUCUCUACAGUCCGAGGAUGGACACCUGGAUGUCUUUGUGCGCUUCCUUGCCGGCCUCCUCUCUCCACAGGUGAACAAAACCCUGUCUGAGUGGUUCUUGGUAAGGGAUGAGCACCACAGCUAUCGAAGCCAUGCGGUUGGCCUCUUCCAGAACCUUCUGGGCAUGGACCAAGCCGUUUCCUGCAGGACUGUGAACCUCAUGCGCUGCUUGCAUGAGAUCCAGCACACAGAGGUUGCCACCGUCGUUGAGGAUGCGGUGAAAAAUGAGAACCUGGCUGGGAUGCUGACACCCGUCAACUGUUCUGCCCUGACUUAUGUCCUGCAGACCUCGGAGGCAUGUGCAGAAGAAGCGAAUCUCUCCAAUUGCCUCACCUAUCAUGCCUUCCAAAACCUUCUCUCCCAGUUACUCUACUGCAGCAAUCUCAGGCUGGACUACAAUGAGUUUGAAGACGGUGCCAUGGACCUGUUGGGCAGCGUGUUGAGUGGCAAGGACUGUCAAAUCCAGAAGGUCAGCUUGGCGGAAAACCAGAUUGGCAACAAAGGGGCCAAAGCUCUUGCCAGAUCCUUGAUGGUCAACCGGAGCCUGAUGGCACUAGACCUUCGGAGUAACUCCAUCGGACCCAAAGGAGCAAAGGCACUUGCCGACUCGCUGAAAAUCAACCAGUGUUUGCUUUCUUUAAACCUCCAGAACAACAAGAUCAAGGAAGAUGGGGCAAAAUACCUGGCUGAGGCUCUUGCCAGCAACUAUACGCUGAUGACUUUGCAACUUCAGAAGAACUCAGUUGGACCUCAAGGGUCCAAGAAAAUAGCAGAAGCCCUGAAGAAAAACUGGAGCCUUAAGGAGCUCAUAUUGUCCAGUAACUGUGUUGGAGACGUGGGUGCAAUGGCCCUGGCAGAAGGUCUGAAGGCCAACCACACUCUUUUAACCUUGGAUCUCCAGAGCAAUUCGAUCAGUGACACAGGAAUAACCGCCCUCACCAAAGCCCUCUGCUCCAACCAAGGUCUCACCAGACUCAGCCUGCGGGAGAACUCCAUCAGCCAAGAAGGAGCCCAGGAGAUUGGCAGUGCCCUUCGCGCUAACCGUUCCCUGAGAAAUUUGGACUUGGCUGCCAAUCUGCUGCACGACGAAGGCAUCCAGGCCAUUGCCUUGGCGCUGAGAGAGAACCAGGUGCUUGCUUCCUUGCAUUUGCAGUGGAACUUCAUUCAAUCCAACGCAGUGAAGGCCCUGAGCCAAGCCCUACAGUUCAACAACAGCCUCGAAGUCUUGGAUUUGCAGGAGAACGCAAUUGGGGAUGAAGGAGCGGUGGCUUUGGCCUCUGCUCUGCAGGUGAACUCAACGCUCACUGCUCUCUACCUUCAGGCGGCCCUAGUCGGCGAACGUGGAGCUGUUGCUCUGGGAGAAGCCUUGGUGAUGAAUAAGAGCCUUGCUGUUCUUGACUUGAGAGGAAACGCCAUCGGUUUGGCAGGAGCCAAGGCCAUAGCCAGUGCCUUGAAAGUGAACUGUACCCUCCACAGACUUAAUCUCCAGGAGAACUUGCUGGGCAUGGAUGGAGCCAUCUGCAUUGCCACUGCUCUGACUGGAAGCCACAGCCUUACUUACAUCAAUUUACAGGGAAAUCAAAUUGGCGAGUCAGGAGCCAAAGUGAUAACAGAUGCCAUUCGCACCAAUGUCCCCAGCUGUGUUGUGGAAAUGUGAGAGGGAUUCUGAUGGAGGACUUCAGGCAUCUUAGAUGGUCCAUACCUUGGGUGAGUGCCUUCUCCUAGCAUAUCCCACUGAAUGGAAGAAGUGGUGAAAGGAAGGACCACAAAGCAGUAAGAAGUUGCUGCAAAGGAGAGUCCAAAGUGGUAACGUGGCCAUGCCUGAAAAUGGCUGUGGAACUCAAUGGCUCCCUCGUCUUUGACAUUCUGGUCCACAGUUGCUGCUGAAGCGUGAUGCUUGGUGGCUUAGACAUUUUGGAGAAGAUCACUGGAAGCAGACACUGGCUGUAGCCAAGAUUUUGCAUCACACUGACAGUUUAUGGCUCCAGCAGCACACUUAUGGGAGAUGGUGAACUGUUCUGCCUUUGCUUGGCUGCUUCCUCCAAGUGUGCAAAGACAGCUCUGCCUCCUCAGCUGCAGCGGAGAAGCUCUGUUCCACUUGCUUUUCAGCACAAAGGGAAGAAAGAGCUGCUAUUCCCACUAUCAUGGCUGUUCCUUCUCCCAUCCAUGUCCAUGGCUGAACCAGACUGCAUCCCCAUAGCUAAUCUGUGGCCAAGAAAACGGAGUGCACCCCCAGCCACUGUUGUGUGCCAGGCUUUGUGCCUUAAGGAAGAAAGCGCUGCUUACCUCCUUUUGUAAGUACCUAAACAGGUGCAAUCCUCAGUCAUGUCUGCAUUUGUCCACAGUGAAUGGAAGAUGUGCUACUUCAUAUUAAGCUGCCAGCUAAAACCCACAGAAAAAACAAUGAAGAUGGAAAAAGCAUUUAUUU